GCAAAAGUAAGUCUAACUUCGAGGGCACGCCCUGAAGAAUCGCUAUGGGAUAUCAAUCAACGUGAUAGAUAGAAAUCAGCCUGACGUCGUACGAGUUACUGCGCGGAGAACUGAAGUCGUUCAAGUAAAGUUUGAUCACCCGCAGGCCAAAGUGUUCUACCAGUUCGACGGUAUGGCUGUGAUGUAAAAGGAAGCUAAGCUCCCAGUAAACAGAAGAACUCGUCUCCUUUGCGAACAAACUGGCUUAGGCUAAUUGCACCGCAAAGACUCUUUCCAAUUGAUCACACGUAAGAUCCAUUUUUGAAAGAGCGCGGUGCGUGCCCUCAGCUCGUCCAUGAGAUCUUGGGAGGGCGGGAUCUGCGCUGCGGCUGCUGGCUGGGGGAGCGUGGUCUUGUCAGCUCAACGCUAUUUUCGGACUGCUUCAAGUGAUCCCUUUGCGUUCAGGUUCAUGCGGGAAAGAUGGCUCUGGAUAUAAAAAUCAAGGGCCUGCUGUUGGAAACGCUGGAAGACCUGGGGCAAGAGGACUUCAAGAAGUUCAAGUUUCAUAUGGACCUGCCCGAGAGCGUCAAAGAAAACGCAGACCGGACUGACAUCGCCACACAGCUGAUGAACAGGCACGGCAAGAACGCGGGGGAGAAGACCAUCGAGAUUCUGGAGAAGAUCAACAACUACAACCUGGCCCAGAAGCUGCGCAACGACCUGCCGCAAAUCACAGGUAGCAUCUCCUCAGUGGAUAACGAGCAGAUCGGCAAAUUCAAGCGGGAGCUGCAAGAGAACCUGCGGAAGAUCUACCUCAACGUUCCCGAGGGCAACACAGAGUACGGCCGGCAGGAGCCUCUGGAGAACGUCUACACUGAGCUCAACAUUACCCGCGGCGUCGCCGGUCUCCCCAACAAGCAGCACGAGGUCCUUCAGAUGGAGAUGUGCGGCGUGGCCGAGGAGGAGUCCAUCGAGCCGUGCGACAUUUUCGAAAGCCAGAAGCCCCUUCGCACGAUGCUCACCGUGGGCUUCGCGGGCAUCGGGAAGACUUUCCUGGUGCGCAGGUUUGUCCUGGACUGGGCCAGCGGGGAAACCAACACAGACGUGGACUUCAUCUUUCCCUUCGCCUUUCGCGAGUUGAACUUGGAGGAGGACAAUAGCUUUUCGCUGGCGGAGCUCAUCCGACUCUUUGUCUGGGAGAGCAAGGCCAUCAAGAUGCUGGACCACAUCUUGGUCAGUCUGCAAGAGUCGGCCAACCGCCACUACCAGUCCAGCGACAUCAAGAUUUUGUUUGUGCUGGACGGCCUGGACGAGUCCCGCCUCAAACUGGACCUGAGCAACCAGCGCAAGGAGCGCCUGGACGUGACCCGAGCCUACCCCGUGGAGGUGCUCCUGGCGCAUCUCAUCAAGGGGAACCUGCUUCCCUGCGCCCGGGUUUGGAUCACCACGCGGCCCCAGGCGGCCCACGACAUCCCGCCGCGCCUGGUGGAUGGCAAGACCGAGGUGAAAGGCUUCAGCGACUCCCAGAGGCUGGACUACUUCAGGAAGAGGUUCCCCGCCGAGGAGGACGUCAUCAGGCACAUCCAGAAGUCCCCCACCAUUUUCAUCAUGUGCCACUUGCCCAUCUUCUGCUGGCUCAUCGCCAUCGUUCUCCAAGACUGUCGGGAUGCCGGAAAGGAGCUGCCCGAAACCCUGACCGAGAUGUACACAGAGUUCCUGCUCUAUCACCUGGACAAGUCCAAGGAGCGAGACAGCCGGAAGAGCACGGAGUACGUCAAAGCGCUGGCCAAGCUGGCUUUUCAGCAGCUGAUGAAAAAGCAACAGAUCUUCUACGAGAAGGAUUUGCGGAAAAGCGGCUUGGAUUACCUGCAGGGCGCAAAACACUCGGGAGUCUUCACCGUGGUCUUCAAGGAGGUACCCCCGCUCAAGAAAUACCAACAAGGCAAGAUGUUUCAGUUCAUCCACCUGACCGUCCAGGAAUAUCUGGCCGCGCUCCACGUGAUGAUGAGCUUGUUCCAGGACAACAAGAACGUGCUGGACAAUUCCAGAUGGACGCGGAAAGGCCUCCUGUUGCUUCGGAAGCGGAAGCAGCUCACUCGGGUACACGAGGCGGCCAUCCGCAAAGCCUCCAAGAGUGAGGGAAACCUGGACUUGUUCCUCCGCUUCCUGAUGGGCCUCUCCUUGCAGUGCAACCAGGAUCUCCUGGGUGAGCUGCUGAAGGUUCCCAAGAACUACAGACACAGCAAGGCAGAAACGGUCCGCUUGAUCAAGGAACGGAUCGAGCGGAAUUCUCCCGAGGAGAACAUCAACUUGUUCUACUGCCUGAAGGAGCUGAAGGACGAGUCCCUGCUGGAGCAGAUCCAACAAUACCUCAAAGGGGGGGGAUUGUCCACGGAGGACCUACCUCCGACCAUGUGGUCGGCCCUGGUCUUCUUCUUGCGGGCUUCCGACGAAGCCAUGAGCUGCUUCGAACUCUGGAAAUACGCUCGGUCCGAGAAGGGGCUCCUGAUGCUGCUGCCGGUGGUCAAGGCUUCUCAAAAAUCAGUGCUCUGGGGCUGCCAGCUGAGCAAGAAAAGCUGCGAGGCGCUGGCCUCCGUUCUAACCUCGUCCCGCACCCUGAGGCAUCUGGAUCUCAGCUUCAACGACUUGAACAACGACGGGCUGGAGGCGCUCGCCGCCGAACUGGCAAAGCCGCAGUGCACCUUGCAAGUUCUCAGGCUCUGGAACUGCAAGCUGAUUAAGAAAAGCUGCGAGGCGCUGGCCUCCGUUCUAAGCUCGUCCCGCACCCUGAGGGAGCUGGAUCUCAGCUGGAACGACUUGCACGACCACGGGCUGGAGGCGCUCGCCGCCGGACUGGCAAAGCCGCAGUGCACCUUGCAAGUUCUCGAGCUCCAGAGCUGCAAGCUGAGCAAGAAAAGCUGCGAGGCGCUGGCCUCCGUUCUGAGCUCGUCCCGCACCCUGAGUCAUCUGGAUCUUAACGGGAACGACUUGUGCGACGAUGGGCUGGAGGCGCUCGCCGCUGGACUGGCAAAGCCGCAGUGCACCUUGCAAGUUCUCGGGCUGGUGCGGUGCAAGAUCGGCACACGAGGAUGCGUCUCACUGGCCAAGGCUCUCCGGUCCAACCCCUCCCACCUCCAACAGCUGAACCUGGGGGGCAAUCGCAUCGGAGAGGAGGGAAAGCAGGCCUUGGAGGAGGUCCAAAUGGAUUCUCCCUGCAGUCUGAAGAUUCAAGUGGUUCAUGCGGGAACGAUGGCUCUGGAUAUGAAAAUCAAGGGCCUCCUGUUGAAAACGCUGCAAGACCUGGGGCAGGAGGACAUCAAGAAGUUCAAGUUUUAUAUGAACCUGCCCAAGAGGGUCAAAGAAAACGAAGACUGGAUUGACAUCGGCGAACAGCUGAUGAACAGGCACGGCAAGAACGCGGGGGAGAAGACCAUCGAGAUUCUGGAGAAGAUCAACAACUACAACCUCUCCCAGAAGCUGCGCAACGACCUGGCGGAAAUCACAGGUAGCAUCUCCUCAGUGGAUAACGAGCAGAUCGGCAAAUUCAAGCGGGAGCUGCAAGAGAACCUGCGGAAGAGCUACCUCAACGUUCCCGAGGGCAACACGGGGUACGGCCGGCAGGAGCCUCUGGAGAACGUCUACACUGAGCUCAACAUUACCCGCGGCGUGGCCGGUCUCCCCGACAAGCAGCACGAGGUCCUUCAGAUGGAGAUGUGCGGCGUGGCCGAGGAGGAGUCCAUCCAGCCGUGCGACAUCUUCAAAAGCCAGGAGCCCCUGCGCACGAUGCUUACCGUGGGCUUCGCGGGCAUCGGGAAGACUUUCCUGGUGCGCAAGUUUGUCCUGGACUGGGCCGGCGGGAGAACCAACACAGACGUGGACUUCAUCUUUCCCUUGGCCUUCGGCGAGUUGAACUUGGAGGAGGGGAAAAGCUUUUCGCUGGCGGAGCUCAUCCGACUCUUUGUCAGGGAGAGCAAGGCCAUCAAGUUGCUGGACCACAUCUUGGUCAGUCUGCAAGAGUCGGCCAACCGCCACUACCAGUCCAGCAAGAUCAAGAUUUUGUUUGUGCUGGACGGCCUGGACGAGUCCCGCCUCAAACUGGACCUGAGCGACGAGCGCAAGGUGGACCCGGACGUGACCCGAGCCUUCCCCGUGGAGGUGCUCCUGGCGCAUCUCAUCAAGGGGACCCUGCUUCCCUGCGCCCGGGUUUGGAUCACCACGCGGCCCCAGGCGGCCCACGACAUCCCACCGCGCCUGGUGGACGGCAGAACCGAGGUGAAAGGCUUCAGCGACUCCCAGAGGCUGGACUACUUCAGGAAGAGGUUCCCCAAUGACGAGGAGGACGUCAUCAAGCACAUCCAAAAGCCCCGCACCAUUUUCCUCAUGUGCCACUUGCCCAUCUUCUGCCGGAUCACCGCCACCGUUCUCCAAGACUGUCGGGAUGCCGGAAAGGAGCUGCCCGAAACCCCGACCGAGAUGUACACAGAGUUCCUGCUCUAUCACCUGGACAAGUCCGAGGAGCGAGACAGCCAGAAGAGCACGGAGUACGUCAAAGCGCUGGCCAAGCUGGCUUUUCAGCACCUGAUGAAAAAGCAACAGAUCUUCUAUGAGAGCGACUUGCGGGAAAGCGGCUUGGAUGACCUGCAGGGCGCAAAACACUCUGGAGUCUUCACCGUGGUCUUCAAGAGGGUACCCCCGUUCAAGAAAUACCAACGCAAGAUGUUUCAGUUCAUCCACCUGACCGUCCAGGAAUAUCUGGCCGCUCUCUACGUGAUGAUGAGCCUGAUCCAGGACAACAAGAACGUGCUGGACGAUUCCCAGUUGCUUUGGAAGCGGAAGCCGCUCGCUGAAGUCCAUGAGGCGGCCAUCCGCAAAGCCUCCGAGAGAGAGGGAAACCUGGACUUGUUCCUCCGCUUCCUGCUGGGCCUCUCCUUGCAAUGCAACCAGGAUCUCCUGGGUGAGCUGCUCAAGGUUCCCGAGAACUACAGACACAGCAAGGCAGAAACGGUCCGCUUGAUCAAGCGACGGAUCGAGCGGGAUUCUCCCGAGGAGAGCAUCAACUUGUUCUACUGCCUGAAGGAGCUGAAGGACGAGUCCCUGCUGGAGCAGAUCCAACAAUACAUAAAACGGGGGAAAUUGUCCACGGAGGACCUACCUCCGGCCAUGAGGUCGGCCCUGGUCUUCUUCUUGCGGGCUUCCGACGAAGUCAUGAGCAGGUUUUACCUUGAGGAUUACGCUCCGUCCGAGAAGGGGCUCCUGAUGCUGCUGCCGGUGGUCAAGGCUUCUCAAACAUCAGUGCUCAGCAGCUGCAAGCUGAGGAAGAAAAGCUGCGAGGCGCUGACCUCCGUUCUAAGCUCGUCCCGCACCCUGAGGGAGCUGGAUCUCAGCAAGAACGACUUGUGUGACGACGGGCUGGAGGCGCUCGCCGCUGGACUGGCAAAGCCGCAGUGCACCUUGCAAGUUCUCAGGCUCCAGUGGUGCAAGCUGAGCAAGAAAAGCUGCGAGGCGCUGGCCUCCGUUCUAAGCUCGUCCCGCACCCUGAGGCAUCUGGAUCUUAACGGGAACGACUUGUGCGACGAUGGGCUGGAGGCGCUCGCCGCCGGACUGGCAAAGCCGCAGUGCACCUUGCAAGUUCUCAAGCUCCAGGACUGCAAGCUGAGCAAGAAAAGCUGCGAGGCGCUGGCCUCCGUUCUAAGCUCGUCCCGCACCCUGAGCCAUCUGGAUCUCAGCUGGAACGACUUGUACGAUGACGGGCUGGAGGCGCUCGCCGCUGGACUGGCAAAGCCGCAGUGCACCUUGCAAGUUCUCGUGCUCUAUCGCUGCAACCUGAGCAAGAAAAGCUGCGAGGCGCUGGCCUCUGUUCUAAGCUCGUCCCGCACCCUGAGCCAUCUGGAUCUCAGCGGGAACGACUUGCACGACGACGGGCUGGAGGCGCUCGCCGCCGGACUGGCAAAGCCGCAGUGCACCUUGCAAGUUCUCGGGCUCAGGGACUGCAAGCUGAGCAAGAAAAGCUGCGAGGUGCUGGCCUCCGUUCUAAGCUCGUCCCGCACCCUGAGGCAUCUGGAUCUCAGCGAAAACGACUUGCACGACGACGGGCUGGAGGCGCUCGCCACCGGACUGGCAAAGCCGCAGUGCACCUUGCAGCUUCUCAGGCUCGAGAAAUGCUGGCUGAGCAAGAAAAGCUGCGAGGCGCUGGCCUCCGUUCUAAGCUCGUCCUGCACCCUGAGGCAUCUGGAUCUUAAUAGGAACGACUUGUGCGACGAUGGGCUGGAGGCGCUCGCCGCCGGACUGGCAAAGCCGCAGUGCACCUUGCAAGUUCUCAAGCUCCAGUGGUGCCAGCUGAGCAAGAAAAGCUGCGAGGCGCUGGCCUCCGUUCUAAGCUCGUCCCACACCCUGAGGGAGCUGGAUCUCAGCAGGAACGACUUCCACGACCACGGGCUGGAGGCGCUCGCCGCCGGACUGGCAAAGCCGCAGUGCACCUUGCAAGUUCUCGAGCUCCAGGGCUGCCAGCUGAGCGAGAAAAGCUGCGAGGCGCUGGCCUCCGUUCUAAGCUCGUCCCGCACCUUGAGCCAUCUGGAUCUCAGCUUCAACUACUUGCACGACGACGGGCUGGAGGCGCUCGCCGCUGGACUGGCAAAGCCGCAGUGCACCUUGCAAGUUCUCAGGCUCUGGAACUGCAAGCUGAGCAAGAAAAGCUGCGAGGCGCUGGCCUCCAUUCUAAGCUCGCCCGGCAGCCUGAGGGAGCUGGAACUUGGCUGUAACGACUUGAGUGACGACGAGCUGGAGGCGCUCGCCACCGGACUGGCAAAGCCGCAGUGCACCUUGCAAGUUCUCGGGCUCAGGGGCUGCAAGCUGAGCAAGAAAAGCUGCGAGGCGCUGGCCUCCGUUCUAAGCUCGUCCCGCACCCUGAGCCAUCUGGAUCUCAGCUGGAACGACUUGUGUGACGACGGGGUGGAGGCGCUCGCCGUCGGACUGGCAAAGCCGCGGUGCACCUUGCAAGUUCUCAUGCUCACUGGCUGCAAGCUGAGCAAGAAAGGCUGCGAGGCGCUGGCCUCUGUUCUAAGCUCGUCCGGCAGCCUGAGGGAGCUCUGGCUUGGCUUCAAUGACUUGCGUGACGACGGGCUGGAGGCGCUCGCUGUCAGACUGGCAAAGCCGCGGUGCACCUUGCAAUUUCUCAGUCUCAGGGGCUGCCAGCUGAGCAAGAAAAGCUGCGAGGCGCUGGCCUCCGUUCUAAGCUCGUCCCGCACCCUGAGGCAAUUGGAUCUCAGCAGCAACGUCUUGUGUGACGACGGGCUGGAGGCGCUCGCCGCUGGACUGGCAAAGCCGCAGUGCGCCUUGCGAGUUCUCGUGCUCUAUCGCUGCCAGCUGAGCAAGAAAAGCUGCGAGGCGCUGGCCUCCGUUCUAAGCUCGCCCGGCAGCCUGAGGGAGCUGGAUCUCAGCCUCAACGACUUGCAUGACGACGGGCUGGAGGCGCUCGCCGCCGGACUGGCAAAGCCGCAGUGCACCUUGCAAGUUCUCGGGCUCCGGUGGUGCAAGUUGAGCAAGAAAAGCUGCGAGGCGCUGGCCUCCGUUCUAAGCUCGUCCCGCACCCUGAGCCAUCUGGAUCUCAGCGAGAACCACUUGUGUGACGACGGGCUGGAGGCGCUCGCCGCCGGACUGGCAAAGCCGCAGUGCACCUUGGAAGUUCUCAAGCUCGAGGACUGCAAGCUGAGCAAGAAAAGCUGUGAGGCGCUGGCCUCCGUUCUAAGCUCGCCCGGCAACCUGAGGGAGCUGGAUCUCAGCCGGAACAACUUGCGUGACGACGGGCUGGAGGCGCUCGCCGCCAGACUGGCAAAGCCGCAGUGCACCUUGCAAGUUCUCGGGCUGGGGUGUUGCAACAUCGGCACACGAGGCUGCGUCUCACUGGCCAAGGCUCUCCGGUCCAACCCCUCCCACCUCCAACAGCUGAACCUGAGGGGCAAUGACAUUGGAGAGGAAGGAAAGCGGGCCUUGGAGGAGGUCCAAAUGGAUUCUCGCUGCAGUCUGAAGAUCGAGUGGACCAUUCCGGGACCAGUGACGACGGCGUGUCCCAAGGAGCAUCUCUGUCUGUGGUGGUCGGCCAGUCAGAGACUUGGACCCAGACCCGGCGGUGGGCUUGGGCGCCACUUCCUGCACAGCCGCCAAUAACUUCCCGUUUACUUGCGGAACUUCCUGACGACGGCGUCCAUCAGGUCUUUGUAGGGCGUGUCGGAAGGCCGCGUGGGAAGUUUAAGGAUCUGGCGAAGAGCGGGAGCGCGAAGCAGAAGAUUGUGACUGAAGCCCACCAAGCUGGAGCACCACCAGUAGAGCGCCAUCGCCUGGAGGGAUGGAAAAAGAUGCCUGCCGGACAUUCACUUCCACUUGAUCCAUCGAGGUGGGGGCAAACUCACCGAUGGGACGCCGGCGGCGAUGGGGAUCAUCAACAGGGACAACAUUCGCAAGGCGUUUGUCACCGCCUUGUGGACAGACGACACGUUGGACCUCUGGAGGGAAAACAGCUGAAGAAGAAGAAGAAGAUGAUGACGACGACAACGACGUUUGACAUGAUCGCCCGUCAAUCGCGUACCUCCACGAUGAACAGAUUGGUCAGUCCAAGGGCAAGCGGCAGAAGCCACGUGGAGUCAGGUGACGUCAGGUCGGGGAACCACAGCGUGCCCCCUGUGGCCAAAGAGGCGUGGAGCACUGAAAGGAAAAUUGUGCUUCAACACCUGCGGAACUCCUAGGGAAGUAUUAAAAAAAAAAAAUGGAA